AUGGGAUUACCCAUGGUGGCAGUAGCCAAGCUCAACCUUCUAUUAUCUACCUCCCACACCGGAACAUCCUUGGUUACUUGGUUGCUAUGCCCUUAUGCACUUAAUCUGACCUUCAAUGUCAGGCUUCUUCGCCGAGUUUACACCGAUCUGCUCUACUCAUCAAGGCUCUUCUUGUUUCAGGUGAGUCAAAUCGCCUUUGAUACUGAUCAACCUGCAGCUCCAGCUGGCAAUAGCUCCAGAUUGGGAAGAGUUCUAAGGUUAGUUUAUCAGAGGGUAACAAGAGCAAGAAGGUCGCCGACCACACAAGAUGAUGAGGAUAAUUUCCACGCCCUCUCCAUGUUUUCACUUUAG